AUGGUUAAUGGGUGCCCGACGAAGGAGUUUUAUGUUGAGAAAGGAUUAAAUCAAGGUGACCCUUUAUCCCCCUUCCUUUGUGUUUUAAUUGCCGAAGGUUUAGCGGGUCUUAUUCGGAAGUCGGUUGAUAAUGGAACUUUUAGAGGUGUGAGAAUUAAUGAGAGUAAUGUAGUGGAUAUCUUUCAAUUUGCGGAUGAUACACUAAUAGUGGGGGAAGGUAGUUGGAACCAAGUUUGGGCUAUUAAAGUGGGUUUGAAGGCGUUUGAGAUGGUAUCGGGUCUUGGAAUCAAUUACCAUAAAAGUAAGUUGAUUGGUUUAAAUGUGACUAGUAACUUUAUUGAAGCCGCCGCUUUUGUUCUCUCUUGCCAAGUGGAUGAUUGUUUGUUUCUUUUCCUUGGGAUUAACAUUGGUUGUAAUCCUAGGAAAUAUUCUUCUUGGAUCCCUCUUUUAUCUAAGAUGAAGAAGCGUCUUGCGGGUUGGAAGAAUCAUUUUCUUAGUUUGGGAGGAAGAAUAACUCUCUUGAAAUUUAUCCUUGGAUCGCUUGCUAUUUUCACUAUGUCUUUUAUAAGAUGCCUAUAA